AUGGAGGCCGAGGCCACGUGGAAGGUGCUCAAACAUCGCUGUAGUGACCUUAAUCAGUUGAUCUUGUCUGAAUGUCAACUCCAGCAACGCUUGCAAAACGCCUUAAAGGCCUCUGCCCACACCCCACGGCGUCCUGACACCAAAGAUGCGGCUGUAUGUUUCCAUCCAAAGUAUCAAAACCAGACUACUCAAACGCACCCUCCCGCCCGGAUUGCUUCUCAAUCCGUUCAGAUUCAGACUGAUCCCCCCAUCCAAGCGGUCAAAAAGCCACCCGUGGUCACAAACCGUUCCUUCAUUUCUUUCCUAGACCCAACAUUGGUGGUUGAUACGCCCCGGGUUCGAUGCCACGCCCGGUCCUCUUCCAUCGAUUUUUUGGGCAGUUUGACCGGCUUCCAACCGGGUCUGUCUCAGUCGGUUCCAUUUCAUCGGCGUGGUUCUUUAACCCGCGAUUCUUUUCGGUCGAUCGAGGGGGGUCCUGGUCAUGUGUCCCUACCCCCGACACGGGUGCGACGUGGGUCGUUGGCCUUGGCACCGGCCCACACCUUCCCCAUGUGGAAGAGGCCGGUCCACCCACCAAAAGAUUCGGGAACUCCCACCCGCCAGGAAAGUCGGGCCCGAAUAAAAGCCCAAUCUCGAGCUUGGCGUAAAGAGACUCAGGCAUUGAAGCGGAAAGCUGAACCAGAUUUGAUCAGCCCCGAAGGUGUUGUUAAAAAGGUGAAAAGCCAAGAGGAGGUCCGACCACGCCUCCAACUUCCAGUGGCAUCGCCGUCUCGUCGAACUGAACAAACACUCGAAAAGCCCAUGAAGGGUCUGAAGCCCAAAAGAAUGACCCCUAAAAGAUCCACAAUUACCACAGAGGAGUCCAAUGAUUCCCAAUCCGAAUGGGAAUCGAGUGGGUUGAGACCUAGGAAACCUGCUGAUAAUCCGUCGCGGAUCACAGCCAAAUUGACCUCGGACUCGCAAUCCGAUGAUGAUCGGUCGAGAACACGGCCUAAACUAUCUCAACCGCCAACCAAAGAGCACGCUAAGAGUAAAAAGCCCAAAGCAAGACCACCCCCAAAAUCGACUGAUUUGUUUUCUCCAAGUUCGAAUACAGACUUUGAGAGCGAAUCAAUGUCAAGUCCUGAAAAGUCCUCUUCCAAGUUCAAAAGUCAAGAAUUCGUAGUUUCCACUUCGAGCAGUGAUCAUUCGGAUUCAGAACCGGAAGAAGCACUCAAUAAAGAGACACCUAAAUCAAAUGUUGGGGUAGCUCGACCCGAGAAACGCCCCUUUAAUGAGAAGGAACUCAUUCCAUUAGGUGCCAAUCGAUGUGGGGACAAGUCAAAAUCGAUCAAUAAACCUUUGGAUAUUUCGAUGUUAAAGAAACGGCUUGAGGCCACCAAAGAAGCUGAGAGUGCUGUCAAAAAGACUCCAGCCAAGAUUGAUCCCAAGCCAUCCCGUCAAUUUGGCCGCUUGCCUGCCAGUUUGCUUAAAACAAAGUCAAUUUAUGAAGGGACUCCAAUCACCUCUGAUGAGGGCUCCAGGCAUCAAGAUAAUGUGGAUUUGGAAGAAGGAGCUCGUUAUGAAUCGAUGGCUCCAAGAAGACGAAUCUCUUUAGCUCACAGAAAAGUGGAUUCAUCUAGUCUUGAUUCCGGCUCUUCGUCACUUUCGCAAGAUGAAAAACCGGACAAAAUCCGCAAGAUUGUCACUAAACCUUCAGAACAGAAAUUAGAGCAAGGCAAAGAAUAUUCUAAGGAAAACAGUUUCCAGGAAAAGAUACUGGAACGAAUUGAUCGUGAUGGGCCUUUGAAAUUAGCACUAUUGUCCGAUUUCGGGCCACCUUUGGAGCAGAUCCCUUCGCCUGAUUAUCGUCCCCAAUCCCCGGAAAGCCCGGAGCCCUCGUCAAAAAAUGUUGAAGAUUUGGAGCCUUCAAUGAAGGAACUAAAACAAGAACAUAGAUCCAUGUGGAACACUCAAAGUUCCAAAGGUAGUCGCUUCUAA